GUCAUCUUGAACCCCAUCUUGCAUAUAGUCUGCGUCGUACGAGUCAAAGCCAUAUAAAUGCUAGCGACGGCCCGCUCAUAUAUCUAACGUGCAUGAGGGAAAGCUUCGUAGUGGAUGGAUCCGUUUGAAGGCUAGUUUGGUUUAUCCAUCGUCGAUGUCGGUAUAGUCACCGACAUCUAUGGGAUUGUCGUCACUUGGGGUCCGCCUCCUCCUCGCUCUCCGGCAAGACCUUGGAUCCUCGGAAUAUGCCAUCUUAUAGCCCGCUUCUCGAUAUGUCUACCCGGCGGAUUCCCGCAGACCAAUGACUUUUGUUCAGGAAGGUUCUACGUGCCACACGCCAUGCAACUGACCAUCAUCUCUCAAACUCAUGCGCUCCUGACAAGGCCUUUCUCCCUACAGUCGAACUCGUUCUGCGCUGGGGAUACUUCCCAUAGCAAUGGCACGCCGAUGAACGUAGGCGACAAUCCUGUCGUCGAAGAUCACACGGCCGCCGCUGACUUUGGCGACGUCGACGGCCUUCAAGCAAUCCGUAUCUUCGAGCCUUGCCAGUCGGACAACGUUGGAGAAGUGUACGAUUUACGAGAAUAAUCGUCGCAUUCGUAUGGUUCGCCCCUGCUGGUACAACACUGACUUGCGUAUUUCUGACGGUAGCACUAUGAGCAUCGGAGCCUCACGAAAGGAAGGCUGGAUCGAUGACGGUUCGAUCAACAAUCCUACCAUCAACAGC